UAAAUUAUCUAAUUAUCAUUUAAUUUUGCAUCAACUUUUCGUUAAAAUCAUCGAUUACUAUCAUUGCUAUCGUGCUCAAUUUCCUGACAAUAGCUCAUUUUCCCCCGAUGAUAUUCAAGCUAAUUUUGCAGAUAUAAAUAAAUUGAGACAAUUAACUAAGAAA